UAUUAAAAUGCGUCCACCUGCAAUAAUAAAAAUAAUAAUAAUAGAAGCUUCAUAACUAUUUGCUCUUCCCUAGCUCUCUCUUUUCUCUCUCUGCGACAAGAUGAGGGGAGUGAGCUUAUUAUUACCGUCAAUUUUCUUAGCGGCGGUGUUGCUGUUGAGGCAACGAUGCGGGGUUGAGGCCGGAGGAGGGUUCAUGAGGACUAACGGGCACCGUUUCAAUGUAGACGGGUACCCGUUCUUUGCGAACGGGUUCAACGCCUACUGGCUCAUGUGCUUAGGCUCCGACCCAUCUCAGAGAGACAAGGUCUCCAACGCUUUCCGAGAAGCUUCAGGCCAUGGCCUCACCGUCGCAAGGACCUGGGCCUUCAAUGACGGUGGCCCAAACCCUCUUCAAUCCUCCCCUGGUUCCUACAACGAGCAAAUGUUCAAGGGGUUGGAUUUUGUGGUAUCUGAGGCUAGGAGGUACAAGAUAAGGCUGAUUCUGAGCUUGGUGAACAACUAUGAGAAUUUUGGGGGGAAGAAGCAGUAUGUGCAGUGGGCGAGGAGCCAAGGGCAGAACAUCGGCUCGGACGAUGAGUUCUUCACGAACCCUCUUGUUAAAAGCUACUACAAGAAUCAUGUUAAGGCUGUGCUAACGAGAACCAACACCAUAACUGGAGUUGCUUAUAGAGACGAUCCUACAAUCUUUGCGUGGGAGCUGAUGAAUGAGCCCAGAUGCCCUUCAGAUACCUCAGGAAAAACCAUUCAGUCAUGGAUCACGGAGAUGGCCGCUCAUGUAAAGUCCAUAGACGGCAACCACUUGCUUGAAGCCGGGCUUGAAGGAUUUUACGGCCCGUCUUCGGCUCAAAUGAAUCGAGUCAAUCCAGGAUUUCAAGUCGGAACCGAUUUCAUCUCCAACAAUCAGAUCCCGGGCAUCGAUUUCGCCACCCUCCACUCGUACCCUGACCAAUGGUUAUCAAACACAAAUGAUCAGCAACAGCUUGCAUUUCUCAACACUUGGCUCGACACCCACAUUCGAGACGCCCGUAACAUUCUCAAGAAACCGAUAUUUUUGACAGAGUUUGGGAAAUCUUGGAAGGAUCCUGGAUACAGUGACUCCCAGAGGAACGCGAUGUUUAAUAUCGUGUAUGGUAAGAUUUAUAGAUCGGCGAGAAGUGGAGGAGCGACGGGUGGUGGCUUAUUUUGGCAGCUCUUGACCGAAGGGAUGGAUACUUUCAAGGAUGGAUAUGAGAUUGUUCUCGGUCAGGACCCGUCGACGACUAAUGUUAUCACUAGUCAGAGUCGAAAGCUUCGCUACCUUGGUAAGUUGUAUGCAAGGAUGAGGAAUGUUGUGAGGAUGAAUAAGGCAAAGGAAAUAAGGAGGAAGCAACGGCUGGAUGCAAGCAGAGGGAAAGAUGUAGGAAACUGAUCAGCAGGCGUAUAAGGUGUUAACUGCGUUGUUGUGUUGAGUGGGGUGAAUUCUAUACGGUGAGUGGGUGUUCUCUUUGAGAUGUUUUAUGUUUCAUCCAAGAGAAGCAAUUUCUAGUACUCUAGAUCUUCUGAUCAUCAGAUGCUUGAGUGAAAGGACUAUCUGUGUUUGUUUCCUUUUUGUGUUAUUGAUGUAGUUAUACCUUACUUUUUCGGUGUUCCGAAAAUUACCAUGCAAGUUAUUUGA